AUGGGCAAGCUUAUACUUCCGGUCUUGACUUGGGAGUUUGAACGUCUAGCUACUAAGGAACAGCAGGACGAUGAAUGGGAGGAUGUUAGUGACGAUGAACAUGAUGAGGACUCCAGCUCCUUCUAUGACGCCGUCAUGCAAUGCUCCGGCAACUUUUUCAAGGUGUACGGGUCGGAAUGCUUGCCGCAUUUUGACGCACAUUUGCGUCUGCCAUAUGGGGCGCUGCUGGCACAUGACCAGUCAAGCUACUAUGGAAAGGUUGCAGCUCUGUGCCUCUACGCUGAUGCGAUCAACUACGGAGAUCCGGCGGCCACGUUAGAGUACAGCAAAGUGUUGGUUCCCGCGGCGCUGCUCUCCGUGAGCCCCCAAGCAGAAUGGUCUAUUGAUGAGGAGCACAUGCUAGCUAUUUCAGCAGCAUCAUAUGGACUGGGCGUUGUGGCGCAGCGACACCCUGAGCUGUUUGCCUCGCAGAUCAAUGGGCCGCUGGAAACCCUGGAACGGUGCAUUUCAAGCCCGUUGUUGAGGUCUCAGAGCGGCAGAGCGGCAGCUGAUGGGAAUGCAUGCGCUCUUCUGAAGGUCUAUGCAGGCUUUUGUAUGAAUUUGGGAAUGGAAGCGGCUGCUGCAAAAGCAGCGGCACUGUUAGAAACAUGGUUCCCUCUUGUGGAGGAUGAGCAAGAAAUCUAUGACGCUCAUGAGUUGAUACUACAGAUGGUCAUUCAAGACCACCCCCUAAGCUCUAAUCCAGCAGUACGGCAACAGCUGCGGCGUCUAGUCGUAGAUGUUUUUUCUGGGAAGCCCGAGUUGGUAGGGGAGCGGGCAAGAAGAGAACUGUUGCAGGCCGCGAAAGAAAAGCUCUGCUGA